CGCAAGCACGCACACACUUAUCUUCAGUUCAGAGCCGGUGGACACACGAACAUGGACUCUUCUGCAGUUGACGGAGGAAGAGCUGAAGAAGAGUGUGAGACAGCAGACAGGAAGAGGAAUCUGCAGGACCUCCUCAGACAGGAAAUGGACAUGCAUCUUACUGAGGGCAGGGCCAGCAUCCAGAGGAAUCAGGAGAGAGUGAACCGCAUCACACAGCUGAAAGAGGAGAUCAGGUUACAGGAGACGCACAGAGAAUCCGACCAAUCACACGCCACCAGCACAGCGGAUUACGAGAAACUCCUGGAGCGCAGAACUAGACUGAGAGAGAGUCACGAGAGACUGAUCGAGAAUGAACUGAUGAAGAUGGAGAGAGAGUUACAGGAGGAGCAGAUGGGUGGUGUGGAGGGCGAGAUGUGGUACCUGCGCAGAGAGAGACACAUCCUGGUCCUUCAGAUGGAGGCGCUGCGCAGAGAGAACCAGCAGGCGUCUGCAGACCUGGAGACCCAGAGCAGACAGCACCAGCAGCAGAUCAGCAGCCUCAGAGAAGAGAGUCUGCAGGUGUUCAGGGCGUUUCGUGAGGUUCUGGAGGAACAGAGAUGCCUGUCUGAGAGGAGGUACAGGAAUCUGCUGCUAGACGCCAUUCAGGAUGCUGUUCAUCUGUCCUCACAAAACCUGCAGCUCCAGGAGGAGAUCCAGCAGCUCUGGAAAGAGCUCGGUCCCACUUGAUGCAUCUGAUCCAAAACAGAUUGAU